AUGGGGCGCAUGGAUGUGGAAAAACUACGAUAUCUGGAGAGGGAAGACUUUCGAGUUUUGAUAGCUGUCGAAAUGGGAAUGAAAAAUCAUGAAGUUGUUCCUUUGCCGUUGAUUUCCUCAAUAGCAGGGAUCCAUCGAGGAGCGGUUGCUCGAAUUCUAUCGACUCUAUGUAAACAUUCGCUCGUCGCGUUCGAGAGGAGUAAAAAGUUUGAUGGAUACCGUCUGACCGUUCUCGGAUACGAUUUCCUUGCUCUGAAAGCGCUUUGCACUCGAGGUGUUGUGGGAAGUGUAGGUAAUCAAAUUGGAGUUGGAAAAGAGUCAGACGUAUAUGUUGGCGGUGACCCUGAUCGAAAUGAUUUAUGUUUGAAAUUUCAUCGUCUUGGUCGAACAUCUUUCCGAAAAAUCAAGGAGAAACGUGAUUAUCACAGGAAACGUCAUUCUGCUUCUUGGCUUUACCUAAGCCGGCUCGCAGCGACCAAGGAGUACGCAUUCUUGAAAGCGUUAGCAGACCGUGGGUUCCCUGUCCCACGCCCAGUGGACAUUUGUCGUCAUCUUGUGGUUAUGGGUCUAAUUGAAGGACGAACUCUUUGCCAUGUUGAUCAUGUAGAGGAUGUCGGAAGAUUGUACGACAGGCUGAUGUCGAUAAUUGUGAAGUUCGGUCGACAUGGUCUGAUUCAUGGCGAUUUCAACGAGUUCAAUAUAAUGCUUUUAGAAAAUGAGCAAGUUGUGGUAAUAGACUUCCCACAAAUGGUGUCGAUCGACCACGUAAAUGCAGAAUUUUAUUUUAACCGAGAUGUCGAAUGUGUGAGGACGUUUUUCAAACGGAAGUUCGACUAUGAUAGCGAUGACUAUCCGAAAUUCUCGGAUAUUGUACGUAAAUACAAUUUGGAUGUUGAAUUGGAAGCGAGUGGGUUCACAAAGCAAAUGGAUAUCGACCUGAACAAGGUUCCCUUUAAUUCUCUGUCAUCUUGCGAAUCUUCAUUUCGGUUACCUAGGCCUAUGAUAGCGGAAACUUCCAGCGACGAAGAGGAGUCCAGUUCAGGGCACGAAAGUGAUACGAUUCCUGAAGAAGAUGUGGAUCAUGAAGAACUACGACAAGAGGAAAACUACAGAAAGAAUGAGGCGCAAAUGCUUUCCCAAUCGGAGCGGUUUACGAACUGGUUAGGAGAGGCCACAACACAGCUGGACCAGUUGCUUCUGGAAGAAAGUGGUUCUGCAGGGGACGAGUGCCCACUUGUCGUUCAUCCUAGAAAAGUUGAGCGAGAGAGUGAAAAUCGUCCGGAUCGUGAACCGUACAUUCGAGCUCGACAAGAAUUGGACCGAAUUGAGACUGAAGCCUGUGAAGUGGAACACCCGGAAGAGGUUGAGGUAAGUGGCCUUUGUUGA